AUGCCUGCUCCAAGGGUGCCAGUGCUGGCAGCAAGAUCAGUGGAUCUCUUCUAUUCCAGGAGACAUGGAGGUCUAUUUGUGGUUGGAGCUACCUGACUAGAUAAAGUAUAGCUCAGUCUGCUAUGACAGUACCUCCCCUGAAGAAGACUGCCUGAUGGCUUAGUUUGCUCUGAAUGUAUCACAUUAUCAGAUAAGCCUUUUCAUGAAAUUAAAACCCAAAAGCAAUACUUUUCUGGUUUCCGGGUUUGGCUUGGAAUUUUUUAUCCCUUCUUUGUCAAUUCAGUUUCAGGAACAGAUUGAAGAAACCAUGGCCAAUCAACGGGAUUACAUUAGCAGACCUAUUUGCAAUGGAAUUUCUGUACCUGAAAAUAAAAUCAAUUCCUUAGUGGCUGAAGGUCAUGGACAACAAAUUCUAAAAGUACUACAGAAGUUCAGAGAACAAAAUAUAUUUUUUGACUUUAAAAUUCUUGUGAAAGAUGAAAUAAUUCCUUGUCAUCGUUGUGUACUGGCAGCGUGCAGUGAUUUUUUCAGAGCCAUGUUUGAAGUUAAUAUGAAAGAACGAGAUGAUGGCAAUGUUACUAUUAGUAAUCUAUCACCCAAGGCAGUGAAAGCUUUUCUUGAUUAUGCUUACACAGGAAAAACAGAGAUAACAAAUGAUAAUGUGGAAAUGCUCUUCCAACUGUCGUCAUUUCUUCAAGUUUCACUCCUUUCCAAAGCUUGCAGUGACUUUCUAAUAAAAAGUAUUGAUCUUGUGAAUUGCUUACAGUUGCUUUCUCUAUCAGAAAGUUAUGGUUCUGUCCGCUUAUUUGAUCAUGCGCUAGAUUUUGUACAGCACCACUUUUCCUUGCUGCUCAGAUCAAGUGAUUUUUUGGAGAUUAAUUUUGAGAUAUUACAAAAAUGUCUUGAGGCUGACGAACUAAAUGUCCCUGAGGAAGAAUCGGUGUUGAAAGCUGUCCUUCAGUGGACCAAACACAACUUAGAAACACGACAGAAAUAUCUGCCAAAUUUGAUUAAAAAAGUGAGACUACACCAGUUACCUGAAAAGACUUUGCAGGACUUUCUACAUUCUGAAGAACACUUACUUAAGAGUGCUAAUUGCUCAGUAAUAAUUAAUGAUGCAGUUGAAAGUGUGCAAAACUUUAGUGGACUGUUUCCAGAUGCACGUCCUUCAACAACAGAAAAAUAUAUAUUUGUUCAUAAAACUGAUGAAGAUGGAGAAAACAGACAUACAUUCUGCUACAACAUCAAAACAGAUAAAUGGAAAGAACUACCACAUACGCACAUGAUUGAUCUUCCAGGGUCAAGUUUAUCUAGCUAUGGAGAAAAAAUAUUUCUAACUGGAGGAUGCAAAGGGAAUUGUUAUAGGACUGUCAGGCUUCAUAUUGCUGAACCAUUUCAUGAUGCCACUGACCAAACCUGGUGCUACUGUCCAGUCAGCAAUGAAUUCUCCGUAGUGUCAGCUAUGAAAAAACCAAGGACAAUGCACACAUCUGUUGUAACCUUAAAUCAGCUGUUUGUAAUAGGUGGAAAGACCAGAGGAGCUCAAGAAACCCGAAGUCUUUUGGAUGUAGAAUCCUAUAAUCCUCUUUCCAAAGACUGGAAAUCUGUAAGCCAAUUGCCAAGAGGUAUCUACUAUCCAGAAGCAAGUGCAUGUCAGAAUAUAAUUUACGUCCUCGGCUCAGAAGUAGAGAUUACUGAUGCCUUUAACCCAUCUCUUGACUGUUUCUUUAAGUAUAACGCUAUGACUGAUCAGUGGUCUGAGCUUGUAGCAGAAUUUGGGCAAUUUUUCCAUGCAACUCUAAUCAAAGCUGUUCCAGUGAACUGUACAUUGUACAUAUGUGAUCUCUCCACCUACAAGGUCUACAGUUUUUGCCCAGAAACCUGUGUUUGGAAAGGGGAAGGAUCUUUUGAAUGCGCUGGCUUUAAUGCAGGGGCAGUUGGGACAGAAGACAAAAUUUAUAUAUUAGGUGGUGAUUAUGCUCCAGAAGAAAUCACAGAUGAAGUUCAAGUCUACCACAGUAGUAGGUCUGAGUGGGAAGAAGUUUCACCAAUGCCAAGAGCCUUAACUGAGUUUUACUGUCAGGUCAUUCAGUUUAAUAAAUAUAGGGACCCCUGGUCAUCUGUACUGACAAUUUGCUCUGGAGAAUUUUGAAAUUCCUGAGUCAAAAGAAUCUGUUUAAAUGCACAAGUUUUAGAACGGAUUUUCAGGUAUUAAUUUACAGAUGGAAAAAUAUGUACUGUUUUGUUUAAAUCUUCAGUUUAAAUUGUAUGCUAUAGAAUUGCUUUUGGAAGAGUCCAUUAAAUUGUCAUUUAUGCUAGUCAUUAUAUAGAAAGUAUUACUUAGUUUUAUAUGCAAGUCUUCUCUAUAAUUAUCUGAAUAAUUUGAAAAAUGAUACUGCUUUUCAAGAAAGCAUAGUCAUGAGGAAUUCAUUGUGUAAUAUGUGCCAUUAUUUCUGUAAUAUUCACAGUUGUCCCAGUAGACGAAUUGCUGAGUGAGAAAACUGACUGUGAUACUGUUUUCCCUAUGUAACUUAAGUUUAAAAGAAAUCUACAUUAGUGUUGUUUUAUUUAGGGUUUUUUAUAUUCAUAAACCUGUAAGAGGAAUUCAUUGUCAGCUUGAUCUUAUUAGAAUGACCUUAGCAAAGGCAAGAGCCAAAGUGACCUUCACAGCAUUAAAACCAGGUAUCUAACUUGAAGAGACUGAUAAUUCUUAUCAUCUUACUUCAGCUCUUCAGUUUUACCAGUUUUCCUCCAUCCUUGUGCCUUAGUAGUAGCUGUACUUUCUGUUUUCGUCUCAUUAACUGUGGCAAGACAAACUUUGAUAACAUAUUGCAGGGUGGGCAAGAUUUCUGCAGGAUGGAUGAUUCGUGUGGUAUCUUUGCUUCAGUCAUGCUGUUAACUAAAGAAAAAACACUUCAGGAUGUUUUCUAACAGAAGUCUUCCAUCUCUGAAGUCUCCAGUGCUACCUGCUAUGCAGCCGCUAGGCUGCUUACCGCAGCAAGCUGUAAACUAAAGUUCAGUUGUUGCUUUGGUUAACUACGGGAAAAGUUCGUAUCUUGUCAUACAUCAAAUACAAAGUUACAAAAAUAAAUCCCCAUAUUUAAAGUCAAAGUAAAUAGUAUUUCAGAGGUGAAAGAAUUCCUUUUCUAACUUCUAUAGUGGUUUAAAUGAAUUAAAACACUUUAUCUUGUACUUCAUGGUAAUUUUAAGUGUUAAAAUAUUACAUGGUAAACACAAUAUAUUGCUUGAUAAACUUUCAGUAGUCAUCUAUUAUAAUGUUAAAAUUGUAAUGGACUUUUAGUAUUAAUAUUAGUCUAGGCAUACAUUGUGAAGUAAAUUUGAUCUCAUGCAUACGAAGUGGGACCUGUGUCUGACAGAAGGACACUGAAAUUAGUUAGGUUUCAUAAAUUCAUUUGUAAUCUUCCACAGCCUGAUAAUUUUCUUUCUUGCCAGCUAUUUGAAUAAGAUAUUGGGAGCCCUUAUGUUCCAUAUAAGUAUCAUUUAAGCAGUAAGGUUGUCUUAUGCCAGACAGAAUGGUUCUAAACAUCUAAGCACAUCUCUUCCAAGCAGUUUAAAAAUGAACAAAAUUUAGGGAGGCAUCUAAAAUAUCUUUCAUAUGGCUUGAGACGGCCGCAGUAAGUUCAUUAUCACAUCACUACUGCAUGUACUUUGCAAAACUCAAGCUCAGUAUUAAUGCUUAAAGCUUAAUAUUGCCUAGCAACAUACUUCUGUUUUAAACAGUAAACAAUGGACAGUUCCAAUUCUGUGACUGAUUCUAAUGUUACCAGAUACCUUUAUAAAUUUAGAUAACAUUCAUCAUAAAUAUUUUCAUAAGGAUGUAAAUUAAAAUUAUGCACAUUUGGAGAACAUACUAAUAGGGUAGAAUCCUCCCACUCAAUAAUUUAUUUGUAUUAAGAUGUGUGUCAGUUCUGUAGAAGUAAAUAGCUUGUUGUUACAGUAUUUCAGGCAACUUCCCCAUUUAUUUUGCUCUUUUCAUAGUGAAUCUCCAAAUCAUAAUAUAACUACACUUAGCUAGGUAACCUUUACAAUCACCAUACUGAAACGCAAGCAUUUUUAUAGUGGAACACAGCUACUUUUUGUUAGUGUAAAGCAAACGUAUUGAAUAGUUUAGGAGAGAUGGAGAAUACUAUUCCUGCUUACUGAAACA